AUGAAAAUUUUGUCUACUUUAAAUUUAUUAUCUUUUUUAAUUUUACUAGUUACUCUGGUAUCUUGCCAAAAUGUCGAGGAGCAUUAUUUUAAAGGUGAUUUUUCAACUUCAAGCCUGGAAAAUAAUGUUGCUCAAAAUGGAGUGUCUGGAAAUAUUACCUGUCAAUUCUCAAAAGUUGGUCCAACAUUUGUAAUCACCUAUUCAAUUAAUGUAAAAGGUUUGGAAGGAAUGUCCAUUGAAGGAAAUUCCAUUAGAUUAGAAGGUCCUGCCAUUGCUGGUCAAACUUCCAAUGAUAUUAGAGUUGUUUUAAAUGUCGCCAAUGCUACCAAAACCUCGUCAGAAUUGUAUGGACCAGGAAUGACUACAUUUGCACCAUUAUCUAAAGAGGCAGCAGCUAUCAAUACAAUCAUCCCAAUCGUUGCCAACACCAUUUCAACCAAACAACUAUACGUUGUCAUUCAACCACAUGGUGAGAGUGCACCCGUUAGCAGAGCUCAAUUACAAUUUAUCAACUCUAUUACAAACAAAGAUGGAGGUGGUGAAGUUCCACCCCCACCAACUAACGAACCAGGUGCUGCCUCUCACCUAAAACUCAGCAUGAUUUUAAUUCUCUUAAUAUCAUUCCUGUCUACACUUUUAAUUUAA